AUGGCUGCUUCAUCCCAUAUUACAAAAAUUGCAUCUGGUGCCAAAGCAAUUGCACGUGAAGUUACGCCAAUUGUUUCAUCGAAUAAAGAUCAAGCGCGUGCUUCUGUUUUGGCGGUCUACAAGGAAUUGCAACGUUUGGCUCCAACAUUCUGGUGGGAUUAUGAAUUGCAUGAUAUGCCAUUACCGGUAUUCCGAGCCGUGCUCAAGAAGCAGUUCACCAGCAACGCACAUCUUAAUGAUGUUCGUGUUAUCGAUCGUAAAGUAGCCGAAUGUAAACAACAUAUUGUUGGAAUAAAGUAUGCGUUCUACAAUGGUGAUCAUAUACGCAAUUAUCUAUUCCGCGAGAACGUUGAGGCAAGGCCGAAAGAUUUCCUGUCGAAAUUUUUGAUGGGAAAGGAUUACUCGACCCAGCCUAUUCGUAGCAAUCCAGUUGCGUCCCGUUGUUUCUCAACUCCCUCGUAUAUCAGCCACUCUUCCGCAUAUUCAUCAUCUUCAUCGCUAUCGAAUUCAUCACCACCAGAAUGUGGUGCAUCCGCGGAAUGUCCGCCAUCUGAUGCCUUCUCAUCGUCAUUCUCUGAGACCGCAUCUUCAGCUACUAGUGCCACUACUAAAUCUGCCUCUUCGUCUUCAGUCGAUCCAAAAGAACUGCAAAAUUUCCAAUAUUUAUCGAAGCAAUGGUCAAAUGAAAGUGAUUCUUUCAAACCACUUCAUUCACUGAAUCAGUUACGCAUUCCAUGGAUUGUUGAAACAAUCAACAAAUAUUCAAGUUACAACAAUGAGUAUGGGGCGAGAGCCGAAAGGAACACGACAAAGACGAAUAAGUUAGUGGAGGAAAUGCAAGGGGAACUGAAUGGCAGUCGCUGUAAGACUAGCAAUAUAACGUGUGGCAGUAAUAUGGGGCUAAGGAAAGCGAGCUUGAUCGAUUCAAAGGAUGAGAGCAUACGUGUAAGCCAUAAGAAGAAGGGUUCAUCAUCGCUCAGUGGUAUGCGUAUCGUGGAUGUGGGAUGUGGUGGUGGUCUGCUAUCGAUUCCUUUAGCGCGAUUGGAUGUCGCGCAGUUGUGUGGUAUCGAUGCAUCUGAAGAGGCGAUACGCGCUGCACGAUGUGCUUUAUCUUGUGCUUUUCCUCAUCGAGACAACAAGCAUUCAGCUGCAAAUGCUGAACGCACUCCUCAGAGUGGCAUCAUGCAUGAUUUAUUAUCAUUGCAUUCCGAGUACAACGACAAGCAUGAACUGCGACACGAGUUGAACGACGAUGCAACUUCAUCGGCGGACAUUAACAAUGUAAAAUUGUUGUGCAUGACGGUCGAGAAGUUUGCUCUCGAAAAUGCUGAAGGUUUUGAUGCAGUGAUCGCAUCCGAAAUCAUUGAGCAUGUGGCAAAUAUGGACAGUUUCGUUGGUGCUUGCGCUCGGCUGGCAAAACCUGGAGCACCCAUUUUCUUUACAACAAUCAAUAAAACAUUAGCGAGUCGAUUGUUUGCGGUUUGGUUGGCUGAGGAGGUAUUCGGCAUUGUUCCGCAAGGUAUACACGACUGGACAAAAUUUGUUGAACCAGAUCGAUUGAGGCAGUUGUUAGAAGCAAAUGGUUGUGAAGUGCGUUUCUUGCACGGGCUCAGCUAUAAUCCCUUCACCAAUUCGUGGUCAUGGACGAAUUCAACGGCAAUCAAUUACGCAUUAAUGGCCAUAAAACGAUCUAAGCAUAAUAAUAUCCAUAUCGAUUGUGUUUAA